ACUCUGAAGUCUGACCUCUGUGCCUCUCCAAAUUUCUCUCAACUAUCUUCCUUCCGUCUUUAAUUCUUCGCUCUGGAGCCCCAUCACAUGUUCGAUUUUGAGGAUGAUUUCAUUCUAGAAAGCUCCAGAAUUCCAUGGAUUAUAUGGAUCCAGAUACUGGUCUUGCUCCUCCUCAUGUUGCUUCUCUACUGCUUCUUCAGCAUAUUCUCUUUAGAUCCCUCAACAGAUACCAGUCGUUCGUUGUCGGCUUCAUCAUCCAUCUCCCACGAACCCCAUUUCAAGAAGCCUGUUUCCAACCAUAACAACACCGCCGCCGCCGUCGCUACUGAUUGCUUCCAGCAGGCUGCCCAGGGAGGAGAAAACCAAAGCAUAAAAGGGGAUAUAGCAACUGGCACGAGGAGGAGAGUUGUGAGAGGAGAGGACAAUGUAGAAAGGGAGGGCCCUUCUUCAAAAGAUGCUAGCCCCAUCAGUCUUCACCCUUGUCAUUAUUUCAGACUCGCUAAAAUUGCAUUUCUUAAGUGCUUGGGCCUGGAUCCCUCAGCAUCUGAACAAAGAAGACAAACUUAACACUGCAUUGACAUCUCUGUUUUCCUCUGUUAUUGAUUCGUCUAAGUUCAUUUGUCUAGCUUGAUUAAAAGUUGAUGUACAGGGAAUAGUACAGUGAGAACUGAGAAGAAUGAAUUGAAUAUGAGAUGAUAGAGUUGUGAGUAUAACUCAUGCAAUUUCUAGGAUAAUAUUUGGUUUAUUUUUUGGAUUUUUUUUUACCUUACAUAAAUGAUAUAUACUAAU